AUGCGCGUCCUUCGCCUGGAGCCUGGCGCGUUCGACGAGCCUCUCAUCGGCAGCCUCGUGGUGCGGAAGAUUGGCGAUGACGAAGAAAACCCACCAGCCUAUGACUGCGUCUCCUAUUGCUGGGAAGUCCAACGGCACUUCAUGUCCUUCGAUUGCGACGGUAAAGCUCUUCGUAUCACGGCCGCUGUGGACGAGAUGUUACGAAGCCUCCGGAAGCCUACAACGCCACAUCAUCUUUGGAUAGAUGCUAUUUGUAUCAAUCAGGCCGACAGUAAAGAGAAGAGCCAGCAAGUGCGUGCAAUGAGCCGAGUUUAUGCUCUAGCUCACUCGGUGCGGAUCUGGCUGGGCCCAGCAACUGACGAAGAAAUGAAUGCCAUGGUUCCGCUGUUCGGCUCACGUAUUGACGGUAUGAACCAGGUCAUAGAUGAGAGACCCCACGAAAACUCCGCCGACAACACAUUCUCAGUAUUUGCGUUGAGGGAGCAUUUCUUCUCUCGUCUCUGGUUCACAAGGCGAUGGGUACUGCAAGAGGUCGUCCUCGCCCGUGCGAUUACCGUCUAUUGUGGACACCACAAAGCGUCAUGGGACCACUUCCGCAGAGGUAUACUCAAUGGUUUGUGGCCUCAUAACGAACAGGGUAUCUAUCAGAGUAGUAAAGUCGCAGUACACGCUUUCGAUGUUAUCUACAACUUAGACAUGGAAAGGAUAUUGGCACUGAAAUAUACGGCCAUGGAUCUGGAUAACGAGAAGACUGCCAUCGUGACGAUACUCAAUGCUUUGGCAAAGUAUCAUACAGCCAUGUGUUCGGAUGAACGCGACCGCCUGUAUGCGUUGUAUGGUCUGUCACUAAGGCCAACGUUGACCGGCGAACAAGAGACCAAGUUGAUGUGGGAAUGGCCUGUGGACUACAAUGAUCACUUCUCGCGCGUCUAUACCGAUUUCGCCACCGUAGCGGUAGAGGCCGGUCAUCUUUGCAGCAUUCUUGGACAAGCGAUUGAAUUCGGAAGACUUUCCCAACAGCAAGAAGGCUGGCCUUCAUGGGUACCAAGUUGGAACUCGACGAUGAACCUGAGAAAUGCUGAACAUGGACUCACACUCUACACGAAGAGGCUCACAUCAUUGCUUGACAUCUACAGCCCACCCCACUUCUGGUCCGCCGACUACAUAGAGCUAGAAAUAGAAGAUAAAGCCAAGUGUCUGCAGGUGUAUGCGUUCAGAGCUCUGAAACUUCAGGGUUCGAAUCAUCGCAUUUGCCAUACUCAGCCGAGCACCUGCCAUCUGGACGUGAUCGCAUCCCUCGGCACUAUGCUAGAUCAUCAAUGCGUUAGUCAAGACUCUGAAGCUUCUAGGUACAGGGUGGCGUGGCUAUUGAUGCUCGCACUCUCGUGCGUGGCACCAACAUUCUUACAGCCAAUCUUGGACCGGAACAUCUACCUUUCGCCAGAAUCACGUUUACGAGACUUUGGAUGCAGCGCUCCAGACAUGGCUCUCUGGAUAGUUAUUAACAGCGUCCUUGGACUGCCAUUGGAGAAGUAUGCUGACGAUCAGUAUGACUUCGAUCAUGAUGGCUUUCUGUCGGAAGCCAGACGGGUACUGCAAGGCGUACAUCCAUUUUGCUAUGAACACGAAGGAUCUCAGACGUUCGGUAUUGCUUUCGCAGAAGUGAAGCCUGGAGACUUUGUACUUCGAACUGCUGCAGCGCUCAGUGCGAGAACAGGACAGGACUUCUUGGCGACUCCAGUCUAUGGAUUGAUACUUCGCCCCUACCAUCCAGAGAGCUCCGUGGGCCCUGCUACGUUUCGCCUUGUGACCAUGUGCAUCGAUUACUUUCCCGAUGUGGAGGAUCCGGAGAUUGUCGAUAUAAUAUUGGUGUAG